AAUAGUUCUUUGAAACUGAAUCAAUACUCAUCCCUAUUUGCAGUAUUUUUACAUUUUGCCGGGGGUUGGCAUACGAAUUAGUUACAUACUCUUUGGGGGUUGGUGGUGGGGGUGAUACUUUGUUCUUUGGGUUUAUAACAUUAUUGUUAUUUUACUUUAUCUUGUUUACGUACCUAAUAAGUGUAUUUGUGUAUUAAAAACAACAACAAUUAUGAAAAGAAGGAAAGUUCAAGCGCAACGAAAAUUUGCACAAGGUGUAUAUAUCCCACCAAAUACACAAAACACAAAUAUUGACAAAGUUACAAAUCCUUCAACACCAAAGGACAAUGAUAUUAGAAGCAAUGUUUUUCACAGUAGCACCUCAGCCAAAAGUCUUCUUGACGUCAUUAGUUUUCAAAAUCUACAUAAACAUAGGGAACCGAUCGUUUUAUUGGAGCGAUUAAGACAUUACCCAGAACAACUCCAAGCAUCAUCAUCUGACACAUCCCAAGAAUAUAGUAUAAGUAAAAUCAAAAAAGUGGCUACAGCAAUUAAACAUAAUAUGUGCCUUAGACCUAAGAAAAAAUUUACCAAAUUUGUUAAAAGGCUAAGAGAGAAAAAUAUUAUAAAAAGUAAACGGGAACCCAAGGUUAACAAAGAUGCAUCAAAUUUAGAAGCGAUAGAUUCUUGCAAUGAAGAUGACAAACCUUUAAUGUACCUUGCCAAAGAGGAGAAAAAUAAUAAAACAGUGAACAAGACGUGUAGUAAUACUAACAAAGAAAAAGAGAAGAAAGUAAGUUUUAACAUUGGCCCCCAUGAACAUUUGUCAUCUGAUGAUUAUGAACCCCAACAAAAAAGUGGACAACAGUAUGACCCACACGGUCACAACUCAGCAACACACAAAGAUGGACUAACAAAGCAAUCAAUAGUUUACACUCGGUCACAUGGCAGAACUACAGAGAGUCGUGAAUAUGAGCAGGAAGUACCCAAGGGACCUGGUCGGCGACAUCGCAGUCGAUCCAUACUCAAAACAGAUAGCGUGAAAAGACAGCGCUUGGGCACCCGCUCGAGUCGACGGUCGGUGGCAUCAGCCAGCGAAUCAGACAAUGAAGAGCUGCAGGAAAAUGACGAAUCGGGAUGUACUAGCUCACCAAAGAAGACAGUUAUAGAUGACACAAACAAGAAUGGUUUACCAACUCAACGGCUUACUUCCCGUUCUCUGGAUGAUGCUUCUAAAUCAAGACAGGAAGAACCAUGUAAUGGACAACCACAUAGUAAUAGCUUAUUGCAAAAUACAGACAAGAUCAGGAAUUCUGGUGAAAAGGAAACGCCUCAAAAAACAAGUAGCCAACCAUCAACACCCAACAAAAAGUUAACCGCAAUUACAGUGACUACCACAGCUGAAAUAAACACCACAGCCAAGUCCUCAACAUCUCUGCGGCUUCUUAAGAAAAGACCAUCCAAUACAACACUAGAAUCCUUAAUACAAUCCGCAUUGGAAGUUCAGCCUAUUGUCAAAAUUGAAUCUCCAGGUCGUUUCAGUCUUCUAGAAAAAAUUAUGAUUACUAACUCUUCAAAAUCAUCACAAGUCAAGUCUAUUGGUGAAGGACAAAAAUCAAAAUCUGAAAAUUCUGAUGCAAAUACCAAACCUACAACCAGUACUGAUGACACAGUUUCAACUUCUGAAGAUGAUCACAAUAAUGAACCAUCAACAGCUGAGAAAUAUUUAAACGCACCAUUAAUUUCUAGAAGGUCACGUACCGUACAUAUACCUUUAGAUAAAAUGUCUAAAACAAAUCAGGACAAAAGAAAUAUUACAAAGAAGCAAAUAUCUAGCGCAAUAGAGCAAUCUGAUUCUAUUGAUACAACUUCAAAAAUUAAAAAGCAUCAAAUAAAUUGCCCAUCUAAAAACUACCCAAGUAUGAAAGAUGUUGUCUAUGCAGACCCUAAAGAUUUGGUGAACCGAUGUGAACAAUGCGAUUAUUGUGCAUUCGUCGACAAAGUACAGUGUGUAUCAAAUAUGUUUAAAAUACAAUACUGUCGAAAGAUUAUAAAAUUAAAAAUAUACGGAUUUGAUGCCGAAGACGAGGAAACAGAAAAAAGUGAAUCCAAUAUAUCAAGAACGAAGAAGCGUCAGGGUAACGAGCCGAAUACUGAUUGUGAUAAACAAACGUGUUAUUUAAUUUAUGAUAAAGAUUCAGAUCAUGUUGUGGAAGUAAAAAGAACUCUGUGUGCUAAUCAGGUGGCACAUAUUGAAAGUGCGAAUAUUGUCCCCAAGACAUCGAACACAAAAAUCAUGACAGUUACUGCACUUGAUCGUGACUAUCUUCUAGAUGAUAUCAUAAAUUUUGUCUUAUCAGAGAAACCCAAAACCAAAGUGGAAACUCCCUCACAUUCUGUUAAUGGUGCUAAGUCUGUAUCAGCCCAAAAGCCUACAAAUGCUUAUAAAGUAAACGGAGAUCAUAAUGGUACUGAGCAAAAGAGUUCAGCUAUACCAAAGCCUGUGCCUAAUGCGAGACGAACUGAUGCACCAAUCUUCUUUCCUAACGAACAAGAAUUUAAGGACCCCAUUGCUUAUUUCACUAAAAUUAUGCCUUUCGCUGCGAAAUAUGGCUUAUGUAAAGUUGUGGCUCCGAAGAAUUUUAAACCAAAGUGUAUGUUAGAUGAUGAAGUGCGCUUUGAAGUGACGAACCAAUACAUAUCUCGUCUUUAUAAGAGAUGGGGACCAGCCUCAAGAGAAUUAUGUGCUAUUAAAGCUUAUUUAGCUUCCCAAAGUGUGAUCUUCAGUCGGCCGCCUUUGCUCGAAGGAGUUGAGGUCAACUUACCGAAGUUAUAUUAUUUGGUACAAACUCUGGGCGGCCUAAAAGAGGUCAUCGAAAAGAAGCGCUGGACUAAAGUAGCUGAAGAAAUGAAUCUUUCCAAAACGCCAAAAAUCGAAGUUAAAUUGGAUCAAAUAUAUGUUAAAUACAUAUUGCCUUAUGACACGAUGUCAGAUGAUGAGCGGACAGAUCUUAUGAAAGCAGUUGAUAAUCACUGGAGCAAGAAACACAAAAAAAUGCUACAACGUGCUAUGAAGCCAUUACAUAGACAGAAACGACUCCUAGACGAAUCUGAAUCUUCCGAAGAAGACAUUGAUGAAGAUGUAUAUGUAUCGGGAGCACUGGCCGAAGCAGAGGACUGUAUCAGCAAUGGCAGGCAAAUGAAUCUGCUCACUUUUAAAAAGGUGGCAAGUAAAUGUAAGGAAAUGUACAUUCCAAAUAGUAACCAAAAUACUCAGAUUGAAAUAGAACAAACAUAUUGGAAAAUGGUUCUUCUUGCCCAAGACCACAUUUGUGUUAAUAACGCAUCAAUCGACACCGGCGAGGAAGGAUAUGGUUUCACUAAAGAUCAACGAGACUCUUAUGGGAAACAUCCAUGGAAUCUAAAGGUACUUAGUCAGAAUAGUGGGAAUGUUCUAAGAUUUUUGGGACCAGUACUGGGAGUGACAGUUCCCACAUUGCAUCUUGGGAUGGUCUUCUCAACCAGCUGUUGGCACAGAGAUCCCCACGGACUUCCCUGGAUUGAAUACAUGCAUACUGGACCUGGCAAAAUUUGGUAUGGCAUUCCCGAUGAACAAAGUGACAAUUUCCGGAGAGCCGUAGAACAGCUAUGCCCAACAUCAUGUCAAAACAAAUCGAUUUGGCUUCCGUCCGAUAUUACAAUGAUCCCACCAGACCUGCUCUUGCUAAAUAAUGUAUCAAUAUCUAGAGCAGUUCAAGAGCCGGGUCAAUUUAUUUUGGUUUUUCCAAAGGCAUACUCAUGUUCUAUUGCAACUGGAUACACUGUAUCUGAGAGUGUAUAUUUUGCUACUAAUUCAUGGUUGGAAACAAUUGAUCAAGUGUUUCAAGAAGUGCGUCAGAGCUGUGAACCUACAAUGUUCUCGCUGGAACAUCUGCUGGUGUCUGCUGCGCGUGACUUGCGAGCGCCAACUGAGGUUCUCAAACUGGUCCAUGUUCUCCUCGGGAAAAUCAUACGAGAAGAAUUGAAAAACCGCAAUGCCCUCGCCGCAUAUAAAAUUCUGAACUACAACCCACAACAAAAUAGGCUUACUCGGAAGCGACCCGCAGGCGCAUGGAAUGUUCGAGAUCAAGACGAGUGUGAGAUCUGUCAAGCGACCUUGUACCUCUCAAAAGUGAGAGGAUUGACAGACAAGAAGCGGUCAGUGUGCCUUCAGCACGCCCUGCAGUUGCUUGACACUGAAAAGAACAAGGAAUGUGACUUGACCGGUGUUGAGCUUGAAUUAUUCUUUUCUGAUGCAGAAUUAGAAAGGAUUAUGACAAAAAUCAAAGCUCGUAUCUAAAAUGGACUUAACAUAAGUACCACCGAUUCGCGCUGCGAGUUUAUUACGUGAAUAUCGUAUGUAAUUCCUUAGGUUACUCUAAAACAUGAGGUUCCAAUAUAAUACUCUAUAUCUUCGUCCUUAUUUACUUUAGUUGUAAUUAUUAAAAAUAAUGCUUUAUAAUUAUGUCACAUGGAAAGUCAUAAUGUUUGCUUAUUAUGUAUUAUUUGGCAUAUACAGACACUAUAUGUCCUUACCAGAUAUAUUUUUGAUAGAUCAAAAAUAAAGAAAAGGACAAUGGGCCGAAUGUAUUCAUAAUAUAUUUCCAAUUAUACCAGAAAAAAAUAAGACACAAAGAAAAUUAUCAAUGUAAAUGACUUAAAAGACUGGCAACACUACGCUUUACUACGCCUUUAGUCAUGUAAUUUCCAAUUUCGCAAACUUUUUCACCAUUAUACAGUGAAAAUGUACUUAAGUUUAAUUUGUUAUAUCGGUACAAAGAAAGUAUUAAGAAAUCAUUAUUCCGUCACAUUUUUUUAUACUCAAAAUUUUAGUUGUAAUUUAAUUUUAAGUGAAAUUGUACCUUAUACUUAUGUUUUUGUUUAUGUUUAGUUUGCUUUGAUUUUGAUUGUAUUUUCACUAUAAGAAUGAUGAAUUAAACCCAAUGAAAGGUUGUCCGAUAUAUUCGUGACGAUUUUCGAUAUGUCGCGCGAGAAGAGACUAAUCAUGUGAUAAAUUCUAAUACUAAAUAUAUAAAAAUACUGGCUAAUGUAAUGAUAAAUUCUGAAAAGUAUUGCACUUAACAAGAUUUAAGAUAGCAACUGAACAAAAACGUCCAGAAAUAACGAAUCGGAAAGGAGUCAUAUUUUAUCAGGAUGUUGCUCGAACUCAUGUGAGUUUGACAACAUUUUUUUUGGAGUUUGAGAUGUUUUACCCCGUUCAUCGUAAUCUAGAAACCUCGCGCUCCCGGAUUUCCACCUUUUCUAGUCUGAGACGAUCUGGAAAAACGGAAUUGUAUGGUAAAAAAUGAUUAAAAAAAAUAACCAAAAAUUAAACUAGCUGAGUAUAAAUUUCUCCUAAAUAUCGGCACAAACUUAUCGGACAGCCCAAUAUAAUUGAAUAAGUAUAUUCUGACAGUACUAUUACGAUUACAUAUACAUAUGAAAGAUGCAGAACAACGCAGUCAAUUAUGUUAAUCUGGAUCAUACCAAAUUUUGUCAUUCUUUUGCAUACUAUUUUGAAAUAUACAUUAGUUUUGUAUUUUAACUGUAAGAAAAAUGAAUCAAAGUCAUAGAAUAAGUAUACUGUGACAGUACUAUUAAGAUGACGUGUAUAAAAAAAUUCUAAACACCGCAAGUUAUUUCUUUAAUCUGGAUUAAACCAAAUUUUUUCAUUGCUUUACAUACUUCUUUAAAAUAGAUAUAAAUUAGUUUUGUAUCUUAUCUGUAAGAAGAAUGAAUUAAAGUCAUUGAAAUGUAUAAUAGAAUAAGUAUACUGUGACAGUACUAUUAAGAUUACGUAUAUAAAAAAAUUCUAAACAUCGCAAGUUAUUUCUUUAAUCUGGCUUAAACCAAAUUUUUUCAUUGCUUUGCAUACUUCUUUAAAAUAAAUAUAAACUAGUUUUGUAUUUGAACUGUAAGAAGAAUGAAUUAAAGUCAUUGAAAUGUAUAAUAGAAUAAGUAUACUGUGACAGUACUAUUAAGAUAUAUAAAAAAAUGCUAAACACCGCAAGUUAUUUCUUUAAUCUGGAUUAAACCAAAUUUUUUCAUUGCUUUGCAUACUUCUUUAAAAUAGAUAUAAAUUAGUUUUGUAUCUUAUCUGUAAGAAGAAUGAAUUAAAGUCAUUGAAAUGUAUAAUAGAAUAAGUAUACUGUGACAGUACUAUUAAGAUUACGUAUAUAAAAAAAUUCUAAACAUCGCAAGUUAUUUCUUUAAUCUGGAUUAAACCAAUUUUUUUCAUUGCUUUACAUACUUCUUUAAAAUAAAUAUAAAUUAGUUUUGUAUUUGAACUGUAAGAAGAAUGAAUUAAAGUCAUUGAAAUGUAUAAUAGAAUAAGUAUACUGUGACAGUACUAUUAAGAUUACGUAUAUAAAAAAAUUCUAAACACCGCAAGUUAUUUCUUUAAUCUGGCUUAAAC